ACGACUCGUACAAAAGCCCGCCCACUGUGCGCUCUCAUUCGUCCGUUCAAAUGUCAAUCCACACGCCGGAACUACGAUUAACAGGACCCUCUGUGGCGCAAAAAUGGAGGAUAACAUUAAAGAUCUCAGCCGACCUCAGAUGUAUUUAUUUGGUUGCUCGUUGAAAGCUGAUAAGAAAGAGCACAAAGUCGAGUUGGAUGAUGAUGAGGCUGAACAUCAGUUGUCACUCAAAGCGGUGUGUUUGGGCGCUGAGGCGGAGGAUAAAUUCCACACCGUGGAGAUGGAGGGAUUGACUUACGAUGGUAAAACAACCAAAAUCACUCUUGCUGUACUGAAGCCGUCUGUUCUGCCUUCUCUAAGUCUGGGAGGUUUUGAGGUCACGCCUCCUGUGUCCUUUCGCCUGCAGUCUGGAGGGGGGCCGGUCUACAUCAGCGGUCAGCAUUUCGUCAGUGUGAAGGAAUCAGAGGAUGAGGAGGAUGAGGAGGAGGAGGAGGAGGAGGAGAAUAAUACAUCACCAGUGAAGAGACCGUCCAACAUGACCCUUGCAAAAGUGCCUCAGAAAAAGUUGAAAAUGGACUCGGAUGAAGACGAGGAUGAGGAUAGUGAUGAUGAUGACGAUGAUGAUGAUGAUGAUGAUGAUGACGAUGAUGACGACAAAGAGGUAAAGGCUGUUGAAAAGAGCCCCUCAAAACCCCUCAAAACCACUCAAAAAACCCCAGAGAAGAAGAGUGCAGAUAAGCAGAACGGCUCUCCAGACAAGAAAUCCGGGACAUCAGGGAAGCCCCAAACACGGACACCACAGAAAGUAAAAGACAAGUCUGCAGCAGGGCCUUCUGGGAAGUCUCCCAGCACUCCCAGCCUGAGCGAGGUCAAAAGCAAACUUUCAUCAGCAGCUAAAGAGGGGAAGCCACUUCCAAAGACGGAACAGAAGUUUGAGAACUACGCUAGAAGCGCUUACAAGAUCUCCGAUAAACAAGAAUCUCACCAGAGUUCUGCCGACUUCCGGUUUUACAUCGAGAACCACACCAGAGACGACGUGAGUCGGAAGCAGGUGCGGAUAUAUCAGCUCUACAGCCGAACCACUGGGAAACACGUCCAGAUCCUGGGCAAGAAGAUCAACGCCAAUGGAGACGAUGGGGGCAAGUACGCUUUACUUGUUGUGGAGACGGAGACAUUCGGGAGUCACAUUCGAAUAAAAGGGAAAGAGAGUGGAUACUACAUCUGCAUGAACAAGAAUGGCAAAAUUAUUGGAAAGCCCAAUGGGAAUAACCAAGAGUGCGUUUUCGUGGAGGAAUAUUUGGAGAACAACUACACAGCGCUGGUUUCGGCCAAGUACAAAGGCUGGUAUUUGGGUUUCAACCGAAAGGGUCGACCCAAAAAAGGCUCCAAGACUACGCAAACACAACAGGAAGUGCAUUUCAUGAAGCGCCACCCCAAAGGAAAAGUGGACCCUCUGGAGGAGUUCCGUUUCACGACGGUAACGAAACGGACACGAAGGGCGCGGCGUUUAAAACCCAACCCCAAAACGAACUGAGACGCUCCCCGUGCUCCUUACCUGACAAACACCUUAAUCUAAUCCGAAACAGGAGAAGGAAGAGGACACAAAUAAACAAUGGCUACGGAAAAGAGACAAGAAACUUAAGUUCAAAGAUGUUUUAUUUUUAUAUUUUAGAAGCGUCAAGUUUCUCCCAGCUGUUGAAUGUGGGUCUUUUUUAAACGUAACUGGUAUCUGUUAUUUUAUUUAUACUGGAUUAACUAAGGAUGACCUAUAAGGAACUAGAAUCUCCUGCUUUGACACGUUUAAACUCUGGAAUAGAGAUGAGAGCAAACUGCACCACCUGGGAAACCUUUUAUUUUCAUUUGUGUUGCCCCCAACAACAAGGAUCCAAUAUUUUCCACUGGAACGGGCUGCCAUGGAAACACAUAACAGAGUCAUGUGACCUUUGCAGGCCUCCAUAGGUAAACGUGAAGCUUUGAGUGCAAUAUUUUGAAGAGCCUCUCUGUGGGAUGCCUUUCUCGUCUGAACGGACAGCAGGCCUUCUCUCGGGCCGAAUGCACAGAACGCUUCGAUAUUCUUUGAUACAGCUUAGAUCGACAUGUUUUGACUAGCCAGAUAUCAGCUUUAGCUGUGGCGAUAGUGUGUGUGAGAACUAACAGACGCGAGCCUGGAUAUGAAGGGACUGGAAGCAGGUUUGGGGAAUCGCUCUAAUGCUCUACAUUUGGAUCAUGCGUACGUGCUGAUUAUGCCGUCACCCUAAAUGUAAGCUACCAAAAUACGUAAUGCAAAACCAGGUAUGAUGUAUUGCUCUUUAUGUCCCGGACACUCAACAAGUGUCGGUCUUUGACUACUUCCAGGUCAUUCAGCCAAUGAAAUCGGUCCGCCUGACAAUCAGUCAUGUUCUUUGUGCUCUAGAACGCUUUCUCUCAGUUCUAGAAGGUUUGAGACAGAGGAAAUCCCUUCUGCAGACGCUGGACUCCAGCCACUGUUGGUGAGGUCGACUCUCCAUAUGGGUAUAGCUGUAGUAUACACUCGUCUAUAUACUCAUCGUCUGUCAGACGUUACUAACAAUCAUGCCACUCGUACGAUUAAAUAAAUGUAUGCAAAAAAUAAUAAUUUUAUUACUAUUAUAAAAUAUUUAUUGCCUUUCUCUGUAAAUAUGACUUGAAUUUAUUUGACCUCUGUUAAUAAUAAUAAAAAAGAGGACUAUAUAUGGAAAAUGAAUAUAUGUUAUGACUGUUUUUGUGGUGUUCGGAUAUGUGGAUGUAUGAUGAACAAUAUUACAGUGCUGGAAACUCAACGUUGUAUUACAUAAAACCUACCUGCUCCUGUAGACAGAUGCAGCGUGAUUUCAUAAUCAAAUGUGUGGGUCAAAAGACUCCUU